AUGCCCCAACCCACCAUCCUCCUCAUCGGCACCCUCGACUCCAAAUCCCCCGAACUGCACUACACAUGCCGGGAAAUCGAGCGCCUGAACGCCUGCAAAGUGCUCAUCCUGGACGUCGGACGCGCCCAAUCCCCACCCCACAACAAAGAUAACACCUUCGAAACGCUCACCCCGACGCUCCCGCCGUCCACACCGUCGCUGACCACCCUCCCGCGCGCCGAGUACAUCACGACCAUCACGCACGCGGCCAUCGAAUCAGCCACCCAGCUGUACCGCGACGGCCGGGUGGACGGGAUGCUGGGGAUCGGCGGGUCGUGCGGGACGAACAUCGCGACGGCGAUCAUGCGGGAGGCGCUGCCGGUGGGGGUGCCGAAGCUGAUGGUGUCGACGAUGGCGAGCGGCGACGUGCGGCGGUUCGUCGAGGAGACGGACAUCACGAUGAUGUACAGCGUGGUGGACAUCGCGGGGACGAACACGAUCCUGAACCGGAUCCUGAGGAAUGCGGCGGCGGCGAUCAGUGGGAUGGUGGGGAACACUGCUCCUACUGCUACUGCUACGGGUCAAGGCGCGGAGGCAGAGCAGGGGGAGAAGGAGAAGAAGAAGGUCCGGGUGGGCAUCACGAUGUUCGGGGUGACGACGCCGUGUGUGGAUCGGGUGCGCGAGUACCUGGAGACGGACGGGGAGAACCGGUUCGAGGUCUACGUGUUUCAUGCGACGGGGGCAGGAGGGAAGGCGAUGGAGCGGCUGGUGAAGGAGAAGCAGCUGGACGCGGUGAUCGACAUGACCACGACGGAGGUGGUGGACGAGCUGGUGGGCGGCGUGCUGAGCGCCGGGGCGAGUCGACUGGAGGCCGCGGCGGAGGCGGGCAUUCCGCAGCUGGUCAGCGUGGGAGCCUGCGAUAUGGUGAACUUCGGGCCCCGCGAGGAGCUGCCGGCCCAGUUUGCGGACCGGCACAUCUACGAGCAUAACCCGACGGUGACGAUCGUGCGCACGACCGUCGAGGAGAACCGUCGCGUGGCGCAGUGGAUCGCCGACAAGUUGAAGCGGGCAAAGCGGCCGGAGCGCGUGCAGGUGUUGCUGCCGACGGGCGGCGUCAGUCUGCUGGACACGCCCGGUCAACUCUUCCACGACCCGCAGGCAGACGAGAUGCUCUUCUCGACGCUGGAGUCCGAGCUGAAGGGCACCGGCAUCAGCGUCGUGCGAGACUCCCGCGCCAUCAACGACAAGGACUUUGCCGUCACGGCAGCCCAGUCCUUCGUCCGGCUCAUCUCCGACAGUCUCCCGGCAUAG